AUGAAGGUCUUUGUUCUUCUUUCCGCGGCUUUCGCUGCUGUGGCACAGUCUGCAGCAUCUACGGGAUGUGGAAAUCCACUAUCUCCUCAACUCACUCGGGGAGGCUCCAGCCAAACCAACACUCUAAGCUUCACGACUUCGGACGGAGUUGUUCGCAGCUACCUACUCCAUAUUCCUUCCUCCUACGAUAUCAACACACCCGCGCCGAUUGCCUUCUCCUAUCAUGGCAGAACCGAAUCUCCUCAGGACCAAGAGAACAUCUCCGGCAUGUCUAACGAGACGUUCAACCCAAACUAUCUUGUUGUUUACCCCCAAGGUAUCAGCUUGCAAUGGCAAGGUGAUCCGGCUGCAGUUGGAUAUGAUGACGUUGGCUUCACGCUUGGACUUCUUGCCAACCUGUCAAGCACUUUGUGCAUAGACUCUUCUAGAGUUUACGCUGCAGGCAAGUCAAAUGGAGGUGGAUUCGCUGCCAACGUCCUGGCUUGCGAUACCCAGGCCUCCCGACUCUUCGCAGCAUUCGCUGGUGCUUCGGGUGCAUACUACCAAGGUACAACAGACGCGAAUUGUAACGAUGCCACUGUGUCAAUCGCUUGCAAUCCUGGUCGCUAUCCUGUGCCAAUUUUCACAACCCAUGGAGAUGCUGACACGACGAUUCCAUACACUGGAGGAGGUCGCCGCGGUCGCUGUCUACCUUCCAUUCCGCUCUUCAUGACAAGUUGGUCGACUCGCAAUGGUUUAGGAUCUUCGAAUACUUCGGUUUCAUUGUAUAACAACAAUGUGGUGCGCUAUGACUAUGGAAACGACAGCUUCCCGCAGUUGAGUGCUCAUUACUAUGUGCAUGGUCUGGGACAUACUUGGCCUUCCAUCGCAGCUGGGUCAUCGUUUGACGCAACUCCUUUAUUGUUCGCGUUCUGGGACAAAUGGACCCUAGACACUACGCCCUACAACUUCGUGAAUGCCACUCCAAGUGCAACUACUACCUCUAGCACNAGGGUAUCUUCGACAGCCACACCAAGUUCUAGCGUGCCGGCGGCGAACAUGUGUCCAUCGGUGAACGGCCAGUUAGUAACUGAUUCCAGCGGCAACACCUACAAGGUCACUUGUUCGGCAGAUAACAGCGUUGGAUCUUAUGCGAAUGCCCAAGCCUCUGCAUCAUAUCUUGAUUGCAUGAAUGCUUGCGAUGCGGCAAUCUCGGCUGGCUGCGUAGGCUUUACGUAUGUCGGAGGCACGAACGGUGUCGGCUCAGGUUGGUUAUUCUUGUUUCGUACUUCCGUUGACUCUUUCAUGCUGACACAAAAACCAGGUACAUGUUGGCUCAAAAGAGCAUGGGUACCUAUCCAGCGUCCGGCAGCAACACCAUCUCUGCAGUCAGGGUAUCUGGCGGAUCACCUGCAAACAGUGUUUCAUCUGCUGUUCAAAGCACGUCGUCAGCAUCGUCGAUCAGUUCAUCUGCCUCCUUGUCUACCGCCACCGCUACUUCGGCUCUAUCUUGUCCUGCUUCAAACAACCAGGUAUACACCUACGUGGCUAAUGGAGCACAAUUUGUGGUAG